AUGGCGUCUUUACAAUUCAUAGCCUACCGAUUGAGGAAAAGUUCAUGGUUCAUCAUAGCAUUCCCGCUUAUCACACUGGCUCUAAUUUAUCUUUUGUUCAUCAGGAGUAGUGGACCGUUGCUAGGUUAUGAUGGGCUAUCUAUAUCGGACCACAAGUGGGUUCAUGAGAAGGAGAACACUUUCUAUUUCCCGUACGCAAGCAAGUACAAGAUGCCAAAAUACUCAUACAAGAAAAAAUCGAACUGGUUGUCCAAUGAUCGCGUGGAGGACAUCAUUCCAGAGGGACACAUUGCUCAUUAUGAUCUUAAUAAACUGCAUAGCACGUCUGAAGCGGCUUUGAACAAAGAGCAGGUGUUGAUCCUGACUCCAAUGCAAACUUUCCACCAGCAGUACUGGGACAACCUUUUACAGUUGACUUAUCCGCGCGAGCUUCUAAAUCUGGGGUUUAUUGUGCCAAGAACGCAGUCUGGUGACGUGGCCUUGGCUAAGCUAGAAGACGCUGUGAAGAAGGUACAGACAGAUAAGAAAAAUCAGAGGUUCGCUAAGAUCACGAUAUUAAGACAGGACACCAAGAGUUUCGACAAAUUGAUGGAAAAGGAGAGACAUGCUUUGGAAGUGCAGAAGGAAAGACGUGCGGCAAUGGCGUUAGCCAGAAACGAGCUACUGUUUUCUACAAUUGGUCCACAUACAUCAUGGGUGUUAUGGCUUGAUGCCGACAUCGUAGAAACACCGCCCACUCUGAUUCAGGACAUGACUGCUCAUAGCAAGCCUGUCCUUGCAGCUAAUGUUUACCAGAGAUACUUUGAUGAAGAGAAGAAGGAAAGUGCUAUCAGAGCCUACGACUUCAACAACUGGGCUGAGAGUGACACAGGACUUGAGUUGGCGGCUCAAAUGGCUGAUGAUGAGAUUAUCGUCGAAGGCUACUCGGAACUUGCCACUUACAGGCCGCUAAUGGCCCAUUACUACGAUGCAAAUGGCUCGCCAAGUGCCGAAAUGGCCUUAGAUGGUGUCGGCGGCGGAUGUACCUUAGUUCAAGCUGAUGUUCAUAGAGAUGGCGCCAUGUUCCCGAGCUUUCCAUUUUAUCACUUAAUUGAAACAGAGGGUUUUGCUAAAAUGGCAAAGAGACUGAAUUACGAGGUUUAUGGCUUGCCUAAUUACUUAGUCUAUCAUAUUGAGGAAUGGAAUGAUUGA